GCCUAGUGCGUUCGGAACUUUUGUGUUUUUUCGGAAGCUCAAUCAACAUGAUUGAUUUCAUAUAUUCAGUGAAAUCUUUGAUAAAGAUAGAUCAAAUUCACACCGACAAUAAUGUGUUUAAAUUACACUAUAAAUUCACUGUUAUAAUGUUGAUAAUAUUCUCGAUACUUCUUACCAGUAAGCAAUAUUUUGGUGAACCUAUAAGCUGUAAUGUGGGAUCCAGUGAAUCGGGAAUGAAAGAAAUUAUAGAACUAUUUUGUUGGAUACAUGGAACUUAUAUUGUGAGCACCAGUUUAAAUGAUACUCUUAUGCCAGGGCUCUCAAAUGAAUACGACUACACACAUUGGGAUAGGCACAUAACUCAUUAUGUUAAGAAUAGUCUUCAUAUAAAUAGUUCCUCCCACAUUAUUUGGCAAAAAUACUACCAAUGGGUUUGUAUAAUCUUUUGUUUUCAAGCCCUUUUGUUCUACAUCCCACGGUACAUUUGGAAAACUUGGGAAGGUGGUAGAAUCAAAUUGCUGGUAGAUGACUUACGAGGCCCUCUGGUUACUCCUACAUGGAAUGUUGAGGCCAAGAACAAACUAGUGAGAUACCUGUUGAAUGGAAGAAACUCGCACACUUUAUAUGCAUGUCGUUUUACCGUUUGUGAAAUAAUCAAUCUAGCAAAUGUGAUAUUUCAAAUUUAUUUUAUGGAUUGGUUCCUGAACGGUAGGUUUUCCAUUUACGGCAUAGCGAUGAGCAGUUUUCACAACUUCAGUCCAAUGGACCAAGUUUUUCCAAAGAUCACGAAAUGCAAAUAUUUCAACUACGGUCCUAGCGGAACCACUCAAAACAUCGACUCUUUAUGCAUCCUACCCCUGAACGUGCUCAAUGAAAAACUCUUCCUCAUCCUGUGGUUCUGGCUGUACAUUCUAACAGCCCUCACCGUUAUUGGUUUGAUAUACAGGAUGUGCAUUAUUUGCUCUCCCGGCAUACGGGCUUUUCUGUUGGUCGGACACAGCCGUUAUGUUGGACGAAAACAAGCAAUGAUCAUCAUCAGGGAAUUGUCCUAUGGCGAUUUUUUUGUUCUGCAUAAUAUCGGAAGCAACGUUAACCCCAUUAUAUUUCAGGAAUUGAUCGAAGGUAUUUUCGAGUACAUGAAAAAUAACAAACGGAUUUAUAAAGCUCAUGGCGGUUUAAUAGAUAUGUAAAAGAUCACUUUCAAUUAGAGUUUCUCAUUUUCAUUUUUUCUUGAGAGUUGAUGACUGUUUUUCGUUUAUUUGCUUCCUCUUACAAAUCAAAUAUAUAUGUUUAUUUUUAGAAUUAUUUAUUGAUAAGUAUUGUUGUUAAAAAGUGGAUGUUUUUUUUCAGUUAGUUCUUCUCCAUGUGUUGAUUUGUUAUUCUUUCAGUAACUUUUACUGAUAGUUGAAUCUCUUUUAUGUUUUCCAAUUUUUAUCACUAUUUGUAGUGAUCAAAUUUACUCAUUUCUUCCAUAAAUGUAAGACUGUUGAUCAUCAAGCACUGUGAUGUUAGAAUAUAAGAAUAAUUUCUAUUUUUGUAAGUUAUAUAAGAAUUUUGUACCUUUAUAUACUUCCAAUUUUUCUUAUGUUUAUUUACACUGAUAAUAUAGUGUUAAAAAAAACUAACUGCUGAAA